CUCCUCCUCUCCGUCCUCUCCAUCCGCGCGCAUAGCAGCCCGCGCGGAUGCUGCGUCCACGGUCCUCAGCGCGCAGCUCAGCGAGGGGGCUCUCAUCACACAUCGCAUUUAAAACCCAAAUACUGCAUCACCACGCUUUACCACCUCUUUGAUUUACACCUUCAAGAAAGAAGCGUGAAAACAAAACAAAACACCUUUGGCUUUUUUGAUACAAUUGGUCGGGACGGUCAUCUCAAAACGAAGUCUCCAUCUCAAAUUUUCUCCUCUGCGGAACCUCCAUCUAACCAGGCAACAACUGCACUAUUUUAGGAUCCAUCAUCUCCAUCUGUUGUAAACACUCUUGAUGAUCACCUGGGUGGUAAAGAACGGCAUAAUAACAGCUACUGAGUGUAUCCAGUCGCUCUUGGAUAUUCCCUUUUCCCAACAAACCACGGCAAUGUCCUUGGAGCAUGGCCUGGCUUCCUCGCCAAUCCCAACAUUCCACUUCCUUUGAAUCCUAACGCAUCAGUGCUGCAGAUCUACAAAACAUCCUUUUCGGUUUUGCGCCCCUUGUUCUCGUUGUCCUGAUGGAUUGGAAGUGGCCCGAUCCCUCGUUCUGUUGACCCUUGGGGUGAGGGGGUUGAGUGGAGAGGAUAGGAUUUCUUUGAAAACGUUAUAAGUGUCCGGCUGAUGUUGUCCCGAUUGGUUCAUCUGAUGGAGAGUUAGAAGAACGGGAGGAACUACCGGGGAGGGAGAGAGGAGUAAAGAAGCCAAUUCAAAACCAAAAUUAAUUAAGCCAGUAAGACUGGCCUCACGUUGCUAAAAAGUAGAAGACUUCAUAUAGAUCAAACAUCAGGGACCGAUCACCUUAAGACUCAAGAUGUCCACUACGGCGACCAUGGGUGAUAUGGCCAACAGCACGGUGGAGUUUUACCCCAAGCGGGGCGGAGGAGGCGCAGAAGCCAACCAUGCUGGUGACUUUGGGGUGUCGUUGGAUGAGCUCCGGAACCUGAUGGAGCUGAGAGGAGCUGAAGCCUUGCAGAAAAUCCAGGAAAGCUUUACAGAUGUAGAAGGCCUAUGUCAGAGACUCAAGUCUUCCACAACUGAUGGUUUGUCAGAUAACCCAACAGAUCUGGAAAAGCGCAGACAGACAUUUGGACAAAACUUUAUUCCCCCGAAAAAGCCCAAGACCUUCCUUCAGUUGGUGUGGGAGGCAUUACAAGACGUGACCCUCAUCAUCCUGGAGUUGGCAGCCAUCAUCUCCCUAGCCCUGUCCUUCUAUCAGCCACCCGGAGAGGACAGUGAGGUCUGUGGGAAAGGUGCAGGAGGAGCCGAAGAUGAAGGCGAGGCGGAGGCCGGAUGGAUUGAAGGCGCCGCCAUCCUGUUAUCUGUCAUUUGUGUGGUGCUGGUGACGGCUUUCAAUGACUGGAGCAAAGAGAAACAGUUUCGGGGUCUGCAGAGCCGCAUAGAGCUGGAGCAGCGCUUUGCUGUGGUGCGCAAUGGAAACGUCAUUCAGAUCCCCGUCGCUGAGAUGGUGGUUGGGGACAUGGCGCAGGUCAAAUACGGUGACCUCUUACCUGCUGACGGGGUCUUGGUUCAGGGAAACGACCUAAAAAUUGAUGAAAGCUCUUUGACUGGUGAAUCAGACCAUGUGCGGAAGUCGGUUGAGAAGGACCCUAUGCUUCUCUCUGGUACUCAUGUGAUGGAGGGUUCGGGAAGGAUGCUGGUGACUGCGGUUGGAGUGAACUCUCAGAGCGGCAUCAUAUUCACUCUACUGGGAGCUGGAGAAGGAGAAGAGGAGAAGAAAGAGAAGAAAGGCAAGCAGCCAGAAGCAGCUGUGGAGACCAAUCAGAAUAAAGCCAAAAAGCAGGAUGGAGCCGUUGCGAUGGAGAUGCAGCCCCUGAAGAGCGCGGAGGGUGGAGAAGUGGAGGAGAGAGAGAAGAAGAAAGCCAACGUGCCCAAGAAGGAGAAAUCUGUACUGCAGGGCAAACUCACCAAACUGGCUGUACAGAUUGGCAAAGCAGGUCUUGUGAUGUCAGCCAUCACAGUUAUCAUCCUGGUGCUGUACUUUGUGAUUGACACGUUUGUAGUGGGUAACAUGACCUGGUUGCCCGAGUGUACGCCCAUCUACGUGCAGUAUUUUGUCAAAUUCUUUAUCAUCGGUGUGACUGUGCUGGUAGUGGCUGUGCCUGAGGGUCUUCCCCUCGCUGUUACCAUCUCUCUGGCCUAUUCGGUUAAGAAAAUGAUGAAGGACAAUAAUCUUGUGCGUCACUUGGAUGCCUGUGAGACAAUGGGCAAUGCCACUGCCAUCUGCUCCGACAAGACUGGCACCCUCACCACCAAUCGCAUGACUGUAGUGCAGUCUUACAUAAACGACCAGCACUUCCGAGAGAUCCCGGACCCCAGCCAGAUCAGCCCCAACACCCUUGAGAUGAUCGUCAAUGCCAUUUCUAUCAAUUGCGCCUAUACCUCCAAGAUCAUGCCACCAGAUGUGGAAGGUGGUCUGCCCAAGCAAGUUGGUAAUAAGACCGAAUGUGGUCUGCUGGGUUUCCUACUGGACUUGAAGAGAGACUACGCCCCUGUGAGAGAGCAGAUCCCAGAGGAGAAGCUCUACAAAGUCUACACUUUCAACUCAGUACGCAAGUCCAUGAGCACUGUGGUGCAGAUGCCGGAUGGAAGCUUCCGACUCUACAGCAAAGGAGCCUCUGAGAUCGUUUUAAAAAAAUGUUCCUCCAUACUUGGUACCAAUGGCGAAGCACGAAACUUUAGACCACGGGAUCGGGAUGAGAUGGUGAAGAAAGUGAUUGAGCCUAUGGCAUGCGAAGGCCUGCGAACAAUCUGCAUCGGUUAUCGUGAUCUUCCUGGCGACCCAGAGCCUGAGUGGGAGAAUGAAGCUGAAAUUGUCACUGAUCUGACCUGCAUUGCUGUCGUCGGGAUUGAGGAUCCUGUUCGACCAGAGGUCCCUGAUGCCAUUCGCAAGUGUCAGAGGGCAGGCAUCACUGUGCGCAUGGUCACCGGUGACAACAUCAACACGGCACGAGCCAUUGCUUCCAAGUGUGGCAUCAUUCAGCCUGGGGAUGACUUUCUGUGCCUGGAGGGUAAAGACUUCAACCGGAGAAUCAGAAAUGAGAAAGGAGAGAUUGAGCAGGAGAGGAUUGAUAAGAUUUGGCCCAAGCUCAGAGUUCUUGCACGUUCGUCCCCCACUGACAAACACACUCUUGUAAAAGGCAUCAUUGACAGCACUGUGUUGGAGCAGAGACAGGUGGUGGCCGUAACCGGCGAUGGGACCAAUGACGGACCGGCUCUCAAGAAGGCAGAUGUGGGCUUUGCUAUGGGUAUAGCAGGCACUGAUGUAGCGAAAGAAGCCUCUGACAUCAUCCUGACCGAUGAUAACUUCUCCAGCAUCGUGAAGGCUGUCAUGUGGGGGAGAAAUGUGUAUGACAGCAUCUCCAAGUUUCUGCAGUUUCAGCUUACUGUCAAUGUAGUGGCCGUCAUCGUAGCGUUCACCGGGGCCUGCAUUACACAGGACUCUCCACUAAAAGCAGUGCAGAUGUUGUGGGUCAAUCUGAUCAUGGACACGUUUGCGUCUUUGGCUCUUGCCACCGAGCCGCCCACUGAAGCCCUUCUCCUUAGAAAACCUUACGGCCGAAACAACCCCCUCAUCUCGCUUACAAUGAUGAAGAACAUCCUGGGUCAUGGAGUCUAUCAGCUCGUCAUCAUCUUCACCCUGCUGUUUGUCGGGGAGAAGAUCUUCAACAUUGACAGUGGUCGUUAUGCCCAAUUACACUCGCCCCCAUCUGAACACUACACCAUCAUCUUCAACACCUUUGUCCUGAUGCAGCUCUUCAACGAGAUCAACGCGCGCAAGAUUCAUGGUGAAAGGAACGUGUUCGACGGCAUCUUCGCAAACCCAAUCUUCUGCAGCAUUGUUCUAGGAACAUUCGGAGUGCAGGUUGUGAUUGUGCAGUUUGGAGGAAAGCCCUUCAGCUGUGCCCCUCUCAAUGUGGAGCAGUGGCUGUGGUGCCUCUUCGUGGGAGUUGGAGAACUGCUGUGGGGUCAGGUGAUCGCCACAGUGCCCACUAGUCACCUGAAGUGUCUGAAGGAAGCGGGCCACGGGCCAGGCACAGACGAGAUGACGGAGGACGAGCUGGCUGAGGAUGAAGAGGAGAUUGACCACGCUGAGAGAGAGCUGCGCAGGGGGCAGAUCCUCUGGUUUAGAGGCCUUAACCGUAUCCAGACUCAGAUGGAGGUAGUGAGUACGUUCAAGAGAAGUGGUUCGUUUCAGGGUGCAGUGAGACGUCGCUCCUCAGUGCUCAGCCAGCUCCAUGACGUAACCAAUAUUUCUACCCCCACUCAUAUGCGGGUAGUGAAAGCGUUCCGUAGCUCCCUUUAUGACGGAAUCGAGAAACCCGCGUCCCGGAAUUCCAUCCACAACUUCAUGGCGCACCCUGAGUUUCUCAUCAACGACUACAUUCACAACAUCCCGCUGAUCGACGACACCGACAUUGACGAAGAAUCAGAGUGGUCAAGGCACAACCACCAGUUGCAUCCGGCCUUCCGAAAGCCCCCUCCUCCUCCAGUCCAGCAACCGCAGCGCUCCCGCCCUCCGCCCCGUCCCUACCGCCAGUACAGCCUCCCUGCCACACCAAACCGAAACAACAACGCCAUCGAGAGCACCGUCUACCACCUGAACCUCCCCACAGGCCCCGAAGGCCACUGGACAUCCCCGCCCCAAAAGCUGAAUCCCCUCCUCGCCCUGGAGACCUCACUAUGACUGAGGGACGAGACCCUAAAAACUUUGAGGAUCUGUGUGGAUCAGGCUGAUGGGGGAGGCUCCUAAGGACAUAUUUUAGGUGGUUGACCCCCAACACUAUGACAGGGUCAUCUCAUUACAAUCAUCUGCCCACUACCACCACCAUCCACCGGAAGCACUAUCACUCCUCUUGUCUCGACAACAGCCCCACAGACACCUCUCUUCUCACCGUGUGGAGAGGAGGUCAGUCUGCUGUGUGUCUGUGGUUCCUUUGGACGGACCUGAGUAGGUGAGGGAUCCAGAUCUGAUGGAUUUUAGUGCUGGUGACUUUUGACUUCUCCGAAUGCAAAGUUAUUCGUUCCCUACGUGUGGAGUAGGGGUCCAUUCACUUUACUUUUAUCGGUGUUACUGAACUCGAUAUUAUGAUUACUAUCAUUUUUGACUUCUACUAUAGCCACCUUCAUCAUGAGUGCUCGGAUUUCAUUACGAUAUCACAGAUUACUACUUUUAUUACUAUGAGUAAUGCUUUAUGGAUUAGCUUUAAAACAUGUUUGUUUAUUUAUUUAUUUAUGUGCUCAUUUAUUUAUUGUGAUCACCAACUUUUAUUUUUCAAUGUCUGUUUCUCUCUCUAAGUGUCUGUGUGUGUGUGUGUGUUGUAUCUGUCUUAAAAGCAUAACAAGCUAGAAAAAAAAGUACUAACAAAGCAAAGAGAAUAUUAAUUUGAAGCUUAGGCUAACUCGAUUAUAAUGCGUCUGCUGAUAACAAAAAGGCAAAAAUAUUGCUGCAACACAUUGUUUGACAGAAAUUUUGUGUAAAAUAUUUGAUUAUUUAACGGGCGAUUUGUAGCUUUACUCUAAACGAGUGUAAGCUUUUUUUAUUUUAAGAUGGGAAUCAUGCUCAUAUUUUAAACAUUCACACAAUGUUUAUGUUUAAAAUAUAAAACAGGGUAAAGGAUUUGGGCAACCCCAUCGCAGAGAUGUUAUGGUCAUGCAUGGGAUUGUAGGUGGUUUCCGAUCUUAGCAUUGGCAAUCAGCCUUACGACAAAAUGGCCUUGUUAAUAUGUCUUACCUAGUUCAAAGUAGUCAGAUUUGUAAGGAUUUCAGUGGGUUUGCCCAGACUCAACAUUUAAUGGUGUCUUAUAUAUUUCUUUCGCAUUCAAGCCAUUAAAAAUUCAUGUUGUGCAAAUGACACCAACAAAUGCAUUAACCCUUUAAACAUGAAUAAUUCUGUUCGCUCAGUACAUGCAUACCUGCUGGCCCUUUAAACGCAUUCGCACUCACACUUGCUUUCCUCAUGCGUGUGGUAUACAUUUAUUAGAUUGUGAAUAUCUAUGGACUGUGGCCACCAGGGUAGGGGAAUCCAUCUUAUACUGCCAUACCAUAGUUAAAUAUCAAAGAUACUAACGAUGGACAAUCCAUGAGGGUAUCAUUACUUUUGCACAAUGUCUGGGUCCACUGAGCAAACCUUCGCCAUGGACUUCGAUAGGCACACUGUUUGGCUAUUGGUCCAUUUGUUAGCAUUUCCCAAUAUGUUUGCACAGAACAAUAAUCUCUAUUAUAUACAUAAAGGCAUGCAUGAUAGAGUGUUUGAUUCAGUUACAUUCCAUUGAUGUCCAUUGAUCAGCCGUACCAUCCGGGGAUACCUCCUUUUACACCCCAUUAUCGUAUGGAAUGGUACCGUUAUGAUCAUACCGCUACAGUCGAAGCAUUGUAAUGUAAUACAAUCAUUUUAGGGAAUGAGACCGGCACUUAUGCAACAGACUGCCCUGCCCACAGCUCUGUGAAAUACGCUUCACAACAUGUACAUAUGGAUCUCGAGAAAAAAAAAAAAAAGAAAACCUUUAUCUGUAUAGAAUACUUUUCUAGAUUGUCCAGUUCAGAGAAACUGGCGAAUAUUGAAAGCAGACAAUGCAAGCAUGAGCGUCACUAGAUCAUGUCAUUGCAUUGGUCGGUUGUGUCUUUGCGGAGCAUGUUGAUAUCAUAGCGUUCGCCCUUCACUGUCAUUGUUUGACUUCACUUUUGUCUGUCGAUGCUUCAGUGUGGCUCUUAAGCAGUUGGUGGACACAUGAUUCUCCUCCCAGCACAUCUGUGCUGUCAUUAAUGUGCUGUUGUCCAUGCUGAUGUUCUCCUCCUGAUACUCUGCCCUGUUUGUGGCGUGGAGCCCGGAGGUGGAGCAGUGUCGCACUGCCAGUAUGACUAAUCGUUAAAUGCCAACAGACACACUGCUUAAAAUGGGUUGACUCAUUCUUCGGCCAGAACAUUUUGUCGUUGAAUCUUUAAGCGGAAACCCAUUUUUCAGAGGAAUAUUCUGGGUUUGGACCUUCCUUUUCUUAAAAAGAGCAAAAACUUAAGGAUACAGUGUGACUGAAAUUGAAUUCAGAAAUACAAGAAUAAUCACUUUUUCAAUAGCACUUUACACUUUGACAGUCUUUAGUGUCCCUAUGCUCGCCUCUCAUGCAGGAAACAUUUGUCCUCGUCCCAUUCAAAGUUAAGCAAGUAGAACCAGUUAAAGUAGAAGUAUGGAAUGAGUAUAUCUGAGGCUAGCUAGAAAGAGUGAUGUUGAUAAAAAUCAAUUCUCUGGCCUCAAGACAUGCAAUAGUGACUGACAGUAUGGGUGGCAACAUAAUGGGGGUUACUCUGUCCAGCAGACACACAUCAUAAGAUGUUAAUAUUAGGGUAAAAUUGGGUCAUGACAUCAGGUCACCAAAAUUCAAUGUCUAGCCUGUGUCCAGGGACUACGUUAUUUUGACGUCCAAUAACAAUGUCAAAAAAUUACGUUGAUAUUUGGUUGAUUUUAGGUUGUGUUGGAAAGUGACCAAAAUACAUUUUCUGAUUUAUGACAUAGUGGUAAUCCACACAACGUCAAGGUGUAACAUGCUUAGACGUUGAUAUUUGGUUGAUUUUAGGUUGGACAUUGAACACUGAUGUCGGCCUGAAAUUUUUUUUGAAGUCAAACCGAUUUUCAUUUCCGAACAAAAUUCAACAUCCCCACGACAUUGGGGUACGUUGGGACACAACGUCAAUAUGACGUCAUGUUGAUGUCCUGUGCCUGCAGGCUGGUGUUGUGAACCAAAUAGUGAGAUGUAAGAGGAUGAGUGUAACACUGGCUAGCUAGUAAGAGCGGACAUUAUUGCUUGGAUAUCAUGCUAGCGUCUCCUUUCAUGAAAUAUAGCAGGGAUAUACUUAAACCUACCAACAUAUGUUACCAUUAUUUUUAGAAUGACUUAGAAGAAGGAAAACAAAUUAAUUUACGAUUUAACUGCAUAAUUUUGGUUUAUAGAAAUAGUCUGCAAUUUAUACCACAUUUAUCAACAUUUCUAAAAUAUCAACUCUGUAAUGCGAACCAGAAUGCUGUAACCUUGAUUUUUGCUCUUUUUCUUUUCUAAAGAAAACAUCUCUGUCACUUUUUCUGAAUUCUGCCCCAAAUGCUUAAUUUGUGAACCCAGAAAAUUCCUUAAAGCACAUGUGUGCUGUAUCUGCAUGAAUGUGUGCGACCUUUCAGUAGGUUCAAUCAGUUUCAGACAGUUCCAGUGGAGUCUCUAAUAUGGAGAGCGCUGGCAGGUCUCACAGGCUGAACCCAUUUGAAGGCCUAAACACAAUCAGCAGGCCAAAGUGGUGGUCAGGGAGGAUAGCUCAGUUUACUUGCUAAACCAUGAUAAAGAAACAUCUCCUAACCUUAUCUUAUCCUCAGCAAAGCUUAACUACCAAAAUAGGCCUCAAGCUAAGCUCGUCUUUGAAUUUUUUAUUAUUUUUAAAAAUCUAACUAUAUCUAAGACGUAUACCCCAAUCAUCUCCAGACAGUGAUGAUAUUUAUAUAUUACAGUGGCAUAUGUAUGGUAUCCCUCCUCUCCACCACAACAAACAGCCACUUUAUUAAGACUCCUGAUAGAGUGACAAAUAUAUAUGCGCAUAUAUAUAAAUAUAUAUAUUAAAAAAAGAAAACAGAUAAUCCAAAACUCCAUCGUCUGCCUUCAUUUUGUUCCAUUCUGUUGUAGAAAAAAAAUCACGCAAGGUAAGGUGAAAAAAUGUAAUGUGAAAAAGAGUAAAUAAUAUACUAUAUUUAAUAUAAAAGUUAUAAAUUAUUGUACAACUGCACCAUCACUGUACAUUUUGGCAAAAUGUGCACAUGUGCAUUUUUUGUUUACGAUUUAAGCACAUUUUUGUUUGUUUUACUCUAUUGUCUCUUCCUCUUUCUUUCUCUUUUUGCUUUUUUGUAAAGAAUAUAAAUUGAACAGCUUGUACAUUAUUAUUAUUAUGACUAUUAUUAUAAUUAUGAUUAUUAUUAUUGUCUUUUUCCAUCAGUGCUCUUUUAGCUGAUGGAAAAAACAGUUGCACAUUCUCCUGAACAUACACUUACUGCUCUACAAUGAAAAAAAGACAAAAAAGAGAAAAAAAGAAACUAUUAAAUAUAUUAAUAAUUACCUGCCUGUUACUUAAGAGAAAAAAAGUAUCUAUCUAUGAUGAAAGAACACAGCUGUAUACUGUAGACUAAACUGUAUGGAAAUCUAAGAAUUUAAUGGGAAAAUAAAUCAACACUUUUUGUCUGUAUAAAAAAAAAUCUAAUCAAAGUAUUCUACAAUAAUAACUUUGACCAGUGUC